GGAUAAUUCGUAUCAAGGUGCUGGAAAAAGUACUUUGGUAACUUGCUUCUCGGAAAGCCACAUGAUGAAGGAAUCCUGCACGCAAAUAUGUGGCGAGGCAGAAAUGACAAUCGAUGGCAAGAAAUAUACACUUGUCGACACUCCCGGAAUCUUUGAUACACAAAAGCCUAAUGAAGAAGCUUUAACGAAAUUGCACGAACAGUUCAUACAUGUGCUUACGGUGUCAAAGCUAUCCUUUUUGUUUUUGAAGCAAAGCAGUUUACCGAAGAACAAGAGAAUGGCUUGGAAGCAGAAUGAAAACAGGGAUGAAAUGCGAAAGACUUGGAAUCAGACUGUUUCUUCCUUUAUUAGGAGUCUAGGUGGCCGCUGGGGAAUAUCCCCAAAUUCUGAUUACUUUCCUCCAGAAAGUUCCGUACACAAAGCCCGGUUGACAGAGAUUAAAGACUUCAUCGCCAGUACACGAGGUGUCUAUACUACGGAAGUAUUUGAAUCCGCUCGGCAAGAGCAAGAGAAAAAUCGGCGCGAAUGGGAAGAGAAUGAAAAAAAUACAAAAAAGGAGUACGAAGAAAAGUUAAGACAAGAAGGGAAAGCGAAGGCUGAUGAAUUUUAUAAAAAAGGAUUUGCUAAAAUGCAAGAAGAGUUUAAAAAAAACGAGGCCAAUUCCUUGGCGAAGACGUUGAAUUCAAUAACAGAAACGUAUGAACGCAGCUUCAACUUAUUAAAGUCGGCAAUAGAGUUGGAAAAACGCAGAAACGACUCAUUAAAGUCGGAAAUCGACUCGGAAAAACACGCACACGAAUUAUUAAAGUCGGAAUUCGAUAGACUGAAGUCAGCUAAAUCGGUACAAAUUCAUGAUAAUAAUAAAAUAGCAGAUCUAGUCCCCCCGGAAAUUAUGGUCGG